GCCCGCCCUCCCGUGAGAAGAUGGCGGCGCCCUUGGCGCAGCAGCUGCAGGAGCUGCUCGACCCCCGGCCCAGCCUGCGCGACCCCGAGGACGACGCGGAGGAAGCUACAGUUGCUAAAGUGAUUGACAAAUUUGAGGAUGAAACUGCAGAUGACAUUUUGCCUGUUGGUAACAUACGAAAAAAAGUUUCAGCAUCUCUCUUGGAAGCUGAUAAAAGGUACAGUGGAAAGGCUACGUCUCGCAAAGCUUUGAGGGAAGAACUCUGGGGUGAUGCUCUGUCUGAAGAAGGAUCUGCUGAAGAAGCAUUAGAUGAAUGGUACAGCAGCAGCGAAGAUUCAGAAGAGGAUGACAGCUUAGGCACUAAAACAAAGGAGAAGCCCAGCAGUGCUGGCAGUGACCAGGAGGAUGACUUGGAAGAUGAUGAGGAGACAGAUCUGUCUGUCAAGGCUAAGGCAUCGAAGUUAAGUUUCCAGAAUAUCACAGACUUUGAGAAAUUUACAGAGGGGAUGGAUGAUACAGGAAGCAGUGAAGGGGAAGAUGAUGACGAUUCCAGCAUGGAAGAAGGAAGUGAGGAGGAGGAGUAUGGGAGUGAAAACCACAUUGAUAUAAAGGAAACCAAAGACAGUGAAGAUGAUGGGGGUGUGAUGACAUUCUCAAAAGGACAAGAGGAUGAAGAAGUAGAAAAGGGAAAAGCUGUGAGGAACCAGCUAGCACUGUGGGAUCAAUUAUUGGAAGGGAGAAUCAAGAUGCAGAAGGCACUCAUGACAGUCAACCGGCUUCCACAGCCAGAUACCUACCCAAUCUUCAGAAAGGAAGGUGGACAAGAAUUUGACAAUGCCGUCGAGAACUGUUGUAAAGCCAUAGAGGGGUUGCUGAAAGUAUUAGUGGAACUUCAGGAUGAGCUGCUUUAUCAAUACCCAGGCACGAGGCAUCUGGUAGAUGGAAAGCAGUCAAAACCUGAGAGUGAUGAUGAAAUCCCUAGCAGUAGUGAUGAAGAGCAAGUGGAGAAGACCCAGGAGAAGAGGAGCAGCCUCCCAAAACGAAAGCUAAAGUUCGAGGACUACCCGGAAUUCAUAGCCAAGCGGUAUGCGGACUUAAGGACAUACCGGAACAACGUCUUGCAGAAGUGGGAUGACAAGACAAAGCUGGCAUCUGGAAAAGUGGGAAAGGGUUUCAGUGCCUUUGAGCGUUCAAUCUUGACUCAGAUUGAUCAUAUUAUGAUGGACAAAGAGAGAUUACUACGGCGGACACAGACCAAGCGAUCAGUGUAUACAGUGCUGGGAAAGAAGGAACAGGAAUCUCAUCCGGUCCCUGAACCUGUGCCUGAAAAUUCGGAAGUCCUCCCUCAGUCAGAUUCCAACAAGCACCUGAAGGACAUAGAUGAGGAGAUAUUUGAUGAUGAUGACUUUUAUCACCAGCUCCUUCGAGAACUUAUAGAACGUAAAACCACUUCGUUGGACCCCAAUGACCAGGUAGCAAUGGGCAGGCAAUGGCUGGCCAUCCAGAAGUUACGAAGCAAAAUAAAGAAGAAAGUGGACAGAAAAGCCAGUAAAGGAAGGAGAAUCCGGUAUCAUGUCCAUAGCAAGCUGGUGAGCUUCAUGGCACCUAUUGACCACUGUACAAUGAAUGAUGAUGCCAGGACGGAGCUUUAUCGUUCACUGUUUGGAAAAAUCAUGAGUCCCGAAGAACCCGAGCAGAAUUAGCACCAGGCCUUGGCACCAGGACGGACCACACCGGACGCUGCCCUGUCUCGUGGCAUCUCCUCUGGCCAGCCCUGCCUUCGUGUGGUCACUAAAGCUGCCCGGGAGCACCCAGAGCAAGGUCCCUCCAGCUGCUAAAAACCUCACUGGGGACAUUAAAUGUGGUUCCUGCUAAAUCACAGCGGCUCAGAAGGAAGAGUGGGGGGCAGACAUUUAGCUUGGCUGAACGCCCUCCUCACUAGCUUUAAAACGGACCCUGCUUCCUGCCAAAGACAAUCCAUUUUUAACUAUUCUCUUUAAAUUCCUGACCUUGAUUUUGCAAUCUGCUCAGCAUGGGCACAGUGUUCUACCCGGGGGGAGGGACACGCAAUUCAGACCAGCAGGGACCACCAGCCCCCCCUGCAAUCAGGUCACCCACGUUUGUAUUAAAUCCUUAGAGAUUUUUAUUUGGGGGAUUGGGGAUGGGGGCGGGGAGGGGAGGGGAGUGUUUAAGCAUGCUGUUCUGGUCGUCGGCUGCAUAUCUGGAAUGUGUGACUUUAUUUUUCACCGAGUCAAGAGGAUUUAAAUGUCAUUUACAUAAUUAACAUGGCCUUAAAACAGAGAAAAGGUGCUCUCCCUUGCAGCCAGCCAGAGCUCCCAGUUCACGCUCCCGUUUCUGAAUGAGCGCUCCCUGCACACAGGGACAUUUGCUGACUGGCGAUGAGCACAGCACGGGGGUACGUCUGGGGAUAUUUCUGCAAUUAGAUGAUAUUGGUGAAUUUUUCAGUCCAGCAUUGAUCCUGUACACUUAAUUAUUUCUGCUGAUCAUGACUGAGCCAUCCUGUCUGCACCAUCACCAUGACACGCAGAUGAAGGAUGCGAGCACAAAUGUAAAACUGGCCAGAGGAGAUGGCUCACUUGGGGGUUUUGUGGGGUUUUUGCAUCCAAAGGUCAAAAGGUGGAAGUUAAAUCCCCGUAAGGGGAAUUUGUUAGCCUGCUGUGAUCAAUCUGAAAUGGAGGUUAUCUUGUGUAAGUAAUAUGUGCGUAUAUACGUGUAUACGAUGCCCAUUGCUUGUGACUACGCGCAGGGCGCUGGCUUUGGUUUGUGUUUUGCGCGAUCUAAUUAAAAUGCUUUGUAACCUGA